GUUCACUCGUAUUUAGUGCGGUUCGGUUUUUCACUAGCUUCACGGAACAAAUUCGCUACAGUCUCGAGAAAAUUGGUGUUCUACCCCAUCGAGCACAUCGAAAAAAGGUCUUUCGAUUAAAAUAACGAGUGGGGCGUGUAAAUUCGUUGUAUUUCAUAUAUAAAAGUAAGGUGUUCCUGGUAGAAAUCGCAUAUGUUAUGUCACUGUGGUGAAUGAAAUUAAGAGUGAUUCUUUCCACCAAUGAAUGCACUCUAGGAUAAUGAUCGGUUCUUACAGUAUGAAAUAAAAGGUUGGCUGAAAAAUUCAUACGUCUCGAAACUAACGUGCAUCGGUACAAAAAAAAACUUUUUGGUUGAGUUCAAUAAAAGUAAAUUCGCGAAAGGCCGAACUGAAAAUAUUGAUUGUCGUUCAUCAAAAUGCAGCAAUUCUCGAACAACGACUACGGGGGGAAUGAGUAUGGAAAUUAUGACCAACAGGAGCAGAACAUUCCGAUGCGUCCGCAAGGCGUCGCCAGACCUAUGGUCGACCCAGAGGCGUUGGGAGAAGUCGAUCCAAAUCUCUAUCCUCAGGCUAAAGAAUCAACGCACAAAAUUAGAGGCAAAUCUGAUAUUUUGGAAAUGCUGUGCGGAUCGGUGGAUCAAGAACUGCUACCCGUGAAGACGUUCUAUUUCUUUUUCUAUGCAGCAUUCGGGUCUCUUUUUCCGCUGAUGGGAGUUUACUUCAAGCAAAUGGGCAUGAACCCUGGCCAGUGUGGAUUACUGAUUGGUACCAGACCGUUUGUCGAGUUUCUAUCCGCACCGUUUUGGGGAAGCUAUGCUGAUCGAUGUAAAAAGGGAAAAAUGCUGCUGCUUGCCUCAUUAGCUGCCUGGAUUAUCUUCACUUUGCCACUCGGAUUCAUCCAGCCACCGGCCACGAGCUGUAUUGAACGAAAAAAUGCGACCGAUUUCGAGCUGCGUACGCCGCAAGUUCCUCGCAUUCUGAAACGCUCUAUCGACCCAAGCCUGCUGGAAGAGGUAUCCUUCGGGAAACACACCGUACCUGAGAAUCAUUUUGUUAGAGUCGAACGAUCUGCCAGACCGAUUUCUGCAGCCGGACAAUCCCCACUAGGUGUUAGUUAUGCGAAUAACUUCAACGAGAAGUUGCACAGUGAUUGGGUGUCGCCAUUGUUCUCGUCCAUCGUUUACAGGACUGCGGAUAUUCAAAAAGCCUUCUUCCUACUUUUACUACUGGUUGUGAUCGGAGAAUUCUUCAGUGCUCCGGCUAUUACGUUAGCAGACUCGGCGGUUAUUACCAUUUUAGGAGAAGAUGCAGAUCGCUACGGCCACCAGAGAAUGUUCGGAUCGUUGGGAUGGGGCUUGGCCAUGUUCUUCGUGGGCAUUGCGUUGGAUCAUUCAACCGCCUUCCCAGAUCACCCGUGUGGACCUGAACAGCAAGAGAAGAAUUAUUCAAUAUGUUUCGCGACAUUCUCAGUUUUGAUGGGUGCAGCUUUGAUUUCAGCAACUCAAAUAACCUUCAAGUACGACUUUUCGGAACCACAAGAGCCUCAGAUACAGGUCGUACAACAAGCUCCAACCAAGGAAGAGCAGAUGCAGAAUCAACUGGCUGAACAGCUUCAACUGCCCGCAUUGGCUGCUAGUGGUGGAGGUAUAGGUGGUGCAGCUCCUCCACCUCAAGCUCUGGGGGCACAGACGAAAAUCUUCGCCCAGACAACCCGCGAGAUGCCGGAAUGGGUAACGGUGCUGAGACAAUUCAAGGACAUCAAAUGUGCCUCGUUCCUAUUUGUGGCCUGGUUCAUGGGCUUCGGCAUCGGGUUGAUCUUCACUUUCCUGUUCUGGCAUCUGCAAGACUACGGAGGAUCACCGACACUGUUCGGCGUAGCUUCAGUGAUAAACCACAUAUCAGAGAUUUUUGCCUACUUUUUCAGCUUUCGACUAAUCACCCAGAUUGGUCAUGUAAAGGUUCUCUGUCUUGGAUUAGUUGGCAACAUUCUACGGUUCUUGUACAUCUCGUAUUUGAAAAACCCGUGGUGGGUCCUUCCAUUUGAAUUUAUGCAAGGGAUCACUCAUGCUGCCGUCUGGGCUGCCUGUUGCUCAUACAUUGCCCAUAAUACUCCACAACACCUAAGGUCUUCAGCUCAAGGCGUCCUACAAGGCUUACAUCACGGAUUGGGCAGAGGUUGCGGAGCAGUGAUUGGAGGCAUGUUUGUCAACUACUUCGGAACGACGGCCACCUUCCGCGGAUACGGCAUUACCUGCAUUUUGGUCCUAGGUGGAUUCAUAUUCAUUAACUUCUAUCGAAAAGAGCAAGGAUUCAUCUCGGAGAUUCCCACCACGGAGGAUCCUCAUCAAGUUGCAGAGGAAACAGCUCAUUUGGCCCCUCACGGCGUUCCGAGUAAUCCCAUACCGCGGGCGUUAUCCAGCACACGUCUCAACGAGAUCGGCACUCAGAAUGGCGACAACGGUUAUGGAACCUAUCAAACUACCGGAGGAGCGCUGGAUGUUCCCGGUGGAGCUCCGCGGAAUCCUUUCGCUGCUCCGCAGAAUAACGGAUACAGUGGCAAUCAGUACUAGAUGGUUCAAUUUCGGUAGUCAAGCCACGUGGUAGGAUAGGUCAGGGCAUUAUUAAUACGUGGUUUUCAUAGUUCUACUAGCAGACAAACGUUACACUCUUGUAUGACAUUCAACGCAAUGUACGAAAACCAUGAACAACGCAUUUCAGUCGAAGAAGUGACAUUCAAGGUAGCCGCAAAAUGUAAACUUCACUGGAUUUGGGUGCUAAUGGUAAGCAUCAUGCUGCUUGGAAUGAAUUUAUGACUUUAUGAGGAAACUUCCAGGCAGCUGUUUCGUUCAACUCGAUUUUUAGCUCGAUGUGCAGCUUCAGGCUCUUUUCCCAGAAUGUUGGCGACAUCUCAAAUGGAGAAGUCUAUUUGAAGCAGCUGGAAAUCUUUCUGAUUUCAGACAAGUGUUCCAAAAACAGUUAACUUUGUCACAACUAUCGAUCACAUCAUAUUGGUAAGCAAGGAGUCCAUAUUUUUCGAUACGCGAUCAACAUUUUGAUGCAUUACCCCUGUUACCACGACACCAUUGUGAGCAAAUGCUACACGCACACUUACCUAUUCCAAGAGGUGUCCAGAUUUUUUAAUGCACGAUAAGAAGUGCGCCAGGUCUGCAAUCAAAAUACUUGAAUUCAUACCAUCAAGUUUUAUCAAUCUCGCCGGAAAGCCAUUUUCGGAUAUCAGAUCUCUUUAAUUAAACUGCUGGUUUGUCACGCUCUGGUUAACAUAUACUCUUCUCUCCUCUGCCCUUACCAGAUUGCACCGUUUUCUGUUAAGCAUGGUACUAUUCGACUCCUAGCAGCAUUCUGGUUGUCCGUAAGUGGUACUAUUCGUUAAACCAACUAUUUUGUUGGCGUCGUUGUGCAGUGCCUAACGCUUUUGCUCUGCUGUAGUCACUGUUUCAUAGAUAAUCUCUCAUUUAUAAAUAAUCUCCCGUACUUCCUGACCUCUUUUCGUGAUAAUCCCAAAUUUGAAACUUUGGAAUGACCCCCCUAUCUUACCGAAGGACGUAAUUCUACGUCAAAAAUGGAAUACGCCAGGGCUCGUUUAGGUAGAUCUUACUCCGCAACAAACUACGCAAAAGUGAUCUACCCUGCAUUACGAGGAGGCCUUUAGGUUUAUUCAAAAAUUGAGUUGAUUCCACAAAAAAAAAUCACACAGAAAUCGUAGGAACUUCAGGGGGGUUUUAAAAAGCAGUGGAAAUCAUAAGGUUGACCGAGAAAUUGAUAGAAUCUAACCGCGUAAAAAGGGACCCCAGUGUAGGUACACAAAAAAAAUGUUCCAAGUCAAUGUUCGUCAAUGUCAAUGCGCUUUGUGCUGCAGCGGCGCGCAAUAUUUUAACAGAUUGAAACGACGUUUGAAAGAUUCAAAAAUCGUGCUAUUAAUUGAAUUUAUUUAAUCAGGUUAUAAAAACAUAACUCCGUGACAAUUGCGUAGUAUUAAGAAAAAAAAUACGAUUUCAUACAAACAGUUUACGAAAUAUACCAAUUAAAGAUAUUCAAUUAAAAAUAACUGUUAGAUCUGAGUAUCUCUUUAAGUUUAUAGCAAGAUUCAUAUGAUCAAGACGAAAAUUUAGAAGAUCCUUUAUUUAUUUAUUUAACUGAAUGCACUUUGUAUUUCACUGGUUCGACUGAAAUAAUCGUUUUCAUAACCGCUAACCAUUAGUUGUACCCCACCUACAUUGACUUUCUAGUUCAUAUGACUGCGAACUUCACUCUCUAAGCAACCAAGCAUAUUUUACUAUUUGUUUCCAGCAAUAUAUCGAAAUUUAUCGAGCAAAUAUGAGAAAUAACGCUAGCUCUAAGCACGCUUAUUAUUCCAUGGAUAAAAAAUAUCAAUCUUAGUAUUAAGCCUAUACUUCUUAACUCUCAAGGUAAACCGUGGAAAAAUAUUGGACAUUCUGGAUGAGUAUUACUUUUGACAUUAUUGGCACAAAUUAAUUUUAUGUAUUUGAUUUUUGCCCAUAUAAUAUAGCUGUAUGUGUGUUAAAUUUAAUAUUGUUUCAAUAUUUAUAAAAUUAGUUGAAGUCUUUAAAACUUAAUGGCCAUUUUGAACUGUUAAAAUUAUGUUAAUAGAUUCGUUAACUGUUGUAGUCUAUUUUCUACCUAUUGCACUGAACCGUUUCAAUCGCAUGCACAACGAAAACUAUCGUCCGCCUAAAUGGCAUGUUAAAAGUUUUAUUUCCGUCAGCAUAGGUUUCUUUUAGCGGAUUAAUUCAAACAAGUUUUAAAUUAAUACAAUGUAGAUGGCUAAUUGUUUAGCAAUGCCUGCAGAAGCUUUAUUAAAGAAAAUCGUACCGCAUAUCAGUUUUAACUACAAAUUUUACGAACGAAGACAUAAGAUUAUUUAAAAUAUUUAUGCAGAUGUGAUGUUAAGUACUAUUUACCGUAUUUACGAACAUUGAAAAUGUUGAAAGGCACCACAUGAUAAGAAAAAACAAACAAGCUGAAAACUGCUCUUGAAACAAUCUUCUCCUAUUGUUCUUAGGAACAUAAUGCUAAACUAUCAUUAUUAUUGUUGUUUUUUUGUAAUGUAUACAUUAAUUUCCACAUUCGUCGUUAUUAAACUCUUGCUUAAUCGUGAAAUUUAGACAAACUGGAUACAACUAUGUGUAAAACAAAAAAAUAGCUAAAAACCAUUUAAUAAUGCAUGCAUCGUUGUCAUCUUUUGUUAUUAUAGUGUUAUAAUCGACUGAUUGAAACAAAAACAGAGGUUUUAAGUAUCCAAAUAUAGCUCUAGCAGCAGAAGGUAAUUCUAUUACAAAAAGACAAAAAAGUAAGUAUUGAUGUCAUUAAAAUGACCUGAAUGGAUAUAGUAUAGGAAAAUAAAGAUCGUAUAUGAUACAUAGUGAAACACAUCAGUAUGCAGAUAAAAGAUAACCGAGGAAACUGUACAGCACUGAUAUUAAUGUAAAUGAUAAGUUCACGACUAUACUAAAAUAUUUGCACUACUGAAAUGGAGUACAUUAAAAACGAAGAUCGUCGGUGAAAUAAAAAGACAUAAAAAAGAAACAAAAA